UGUGGGUUUGGAUCUUAAUCCAACCCUAUCUUAACCUUCCAGGGGACUUUCUGUUGAGAGGCAUUCCGGUUUCGCUUUCAAUUCGAUCCCACUGCCCAAGGACCGGACAAUUGCAUGGGCAGUGUGGGCCUCCGCCGGAAUUAUUGCACUCCAGUCCCUACACUACAAUAAUCCCGGAGUUCGGGCUCUUGCAAUUCAUUCCCAAAUUGGCCGAGCUCCCAACCAUCAGGGUCCUGGGGCAUCUUUGACUGACUCACGGCUUGGCGUCUACAAAACAUUGAGUCCCGGCCACCUCGAUUUGGCAGAGGUUUCGUUCCCUACUGCCACUGAACAAUCUUGGCUUCCAGAGGGUGCAUAUAUUGAAGCACCAAUUAGGACAAUUUGUUCCCAAGACACCGAGCUCGACAUAAGUCUGCACGGUCGACACCGCAAUGUCUCCCCCCAGGGCUGCUUUCCGCACCGUCAAAUCCGCCAUGGCUCACCUCCAGACCCGCUCUCUCUCCAGCACCUCAGGGCCCAGGCAUCUCUUGUCCAUUAGCGACCUCAGCCCGGCCGAAUUCACCAGGCUCGUCCUCAAUGCCUCGUCUCAAAAGGCCGCCGUCAAGGCCGCCUUCGCUGCCGGCGAGCAGCCUCCGAAACCGCUGCAUGGGACUCUGGCCGGGAAGACGGUGGCUAUGAUGUUCAGCAAGCGCAGCACCAGGACUCGCGUGUCGACAGAGGCGGCCGUGCAGUUAAUGGGCGGCCACCCCAUGUUCCUGGGCAAGGACGACAUCCAACUAGGAGUGAAUGAAUCCCUCUACGACACCUCCGUGGUGGUCUCCUCCAUGACAUCGUGCAUAGUCGCGCGCGUCAACGCGCACAAGGAGGUGGCCGACCUGGCGGCGCACUCGUCUGUGCCCGUCAUCAACGCGCUGUCCAGCGACCACCACCCGCUGCAGACGGUGGCCGACUUCCAGACGAUCUGCGAGAGCUUCGGCCCGGCGCGCGGCCGCCAGCCGUCCGACUCCAGCCUCGGGCUGGAGGGGCUCAAGGUGGCGUGGGUGGGCGACUCGAACAACGUGCUCUUCGACCUGGCGACCGCCUGCGUCAAGAUGGGCGUCGACAUCUCGGUCGCCUCGCCCGCCGGGUACGGCAUCCCCGAGGGGAUGAGGAAGCUGAUCCUCUCCGCGGCGGAGGGCGUCGCGGCGCCAGGCAAGCUGGUCGAGACGACGGUGCCCGAGGAGGCGAUCAAGGAUGCUGACAUCUUGGUCACGGACACGUGGGUGUCCAUGGGCCAGGAGGCCGAGAGCCAGAAGAGGUUAAAGGCGUUCGCCGGGUACCAGAUCACAAACGAGCUGGCCAAGCGCGGCGGCGCCAAGCCGGACUGGAAGUUCAUGCACUGCCUGCCGAGGCACCCCGAGGAGGUAGAUGACGAGGUGUUUUACGGUCCGAGGUCGCUUGUCUUUCCCGAGGCGGAGAACAGGCUGUGGGCUGCUGUUGGUAAGUGUUUGCCCAACUCUCGAUUUCCUAGAAAGUUUCCGGAGGCACGGCGCUAACUGGUUCCCAG